UUAUUUUUCCCCAGGCUUUUCAACACCACCACCAGUUGUCGUGCCUAGCUGCUUUGCAACCAUGCGAUCCGAAAUUUAUAACCCUGUUCCCCUUCUGGUCAUUUCCCACCUCCGUACGCUCUAGUGCUGCAAGCCUAUCAUCUAAUCAGCAUUCUCUGUUUCGAAAAUCGGCGAGCUUCUAGUCGAGUUCCUUCCUCUGAAGCCUCGGGAUUGAUUACCUGGACAUUCUUCUGCUCGUUCCGUUAUGGGCGGCGCGUUGGCCAAGUCGAAUGAGCGAGAUGCCAAUGGGAAGGUGGUUCUUAUAACGGGGUGCUCCUCUGGAGGAAUUGGUUAUGCCAUCGCCGAGGAGUUUCAUCGGCGCGGAGCCAACGUGUUCGCCACGUCACGCCGGGUCGACACGAUGAAGGGCCUCAAGGAGAAAGGGAUGCACACGCUGCCACUCGACGUCACAUCUGAGCCGUCCAUCCAGGCGGCAGUGAAGGAGGUGACUAGUGCAACAGGGCGAGUUGACGUGCUUGUGAAUAACGCGGGCUGUGGGCUACCGGGGCCGCUAGCAGAAGUACCCGUCGCGAAGAUCAAGCAGGUCUACGACACGAAUCUCUUUGGUGCGUUGGCGCUGUCACAGGCGGUGAUUCCCAUCAUGCACAAGCAGAAGGGCGGGCGGAUUAUUAAUGUUUCCAGUGUCGCUGGUUACACCUACAGGCCGUUUGUGGGGACCUAUGGCAGCAGCAAGGCGGCUUUGAGCGCAGUUACCAACUGCAUGCGCGUGGAAAUGAAACCUCUGGGGAUCGGCGUGGUGCUUGUAACACCUGGUUACAUCCGAACAAAAAUUUUCAGCAAGAAUGUGACACACAUUCCCGUGCUCCCACCAUCGAGCCCGUUUAAAGCCAUGGAGAUUAAUAUCCGUGAAUCUUACGCCAAACGGGCGCUGAACCAGUCAUUUCCACCUGCGUCUGAUCUGGCAAAACGUAUUGCUGACGCAGCACUUAGCCCGAAUCCGCCAAUCAGGAUAUUGUUUGGCACAAGCGCGCUUCCUGCUGUGAUUGCAGGGUCUAUGCCCCUGUGGCUUCAAGAUUUUGUGUACUCCCGGCUGUUUGGGAGCGGGAAAAAUCUGUAACCAUGCCGAAGUAUGUGUCAAUGCUCUCAUCAUAAUCACAAAUUUAAUGGGUUUAAGGGCGAAUACGUAUGAAGUAGGAUCAGAAUCGGAAACGCGAAUU